GUGAUAACAGCGUUUGCCCUGUUCAUAUUUGACUCAGAGCUUGUCGUUGAACACCGACAGACUCACUCAGCGCGGGAAAGAAAGUCCACACAUUAAGAUCGACAUUAAAAGGGCAUCCAACUCUCUGUGGGAAACUGAGUAAAACGUUUUGCCAGAACAAAAACACUGAAGCUCUGCAAGAUAGAGAGAGAUUCAUAAAGUGAAAAAAGAGAGACGCAUACUCUCCAGUGUUGGGUGACUGGUGUAAUGGAGAAAUAAGUGAGGGGAAACCAGAGUAAGAAGAGAAAAAAAGAAUGAAGACAACUGCAAAGCGAAUACUUCUUUUCAUCAAUUGUCAUUUCAAUUAAUACAUCAAAAUUGGGCAACAUGAUUGACAGGAGGCUGCUCCUACUGGUGUCCCUCUGUCUUGUAGGUGGUGGGUGUGUCACUAAGAUUGUUCGAAGGUGGGGAGAUGGCUCUAAUCAUGCCCAGUUGCAUGGAGGGAAUGGAGCAACUGACCAAUGGGACGCAAGUUUGGAAAGGAAGGGAAAUAUAGUUACAAGACUCAAAGAACUGAUUGGUCCUGAGGAAGUUGAAGAGCAAAUUAUGGCUCACCAGAGCCAUGGAGCUUCUCCUGUAUUCAACAAAGAAAACUUUGCUGGGUUUAAUGCCAAACCACCUCAAAUAAAUGAAGACUCUGAGGUACAAAUAGCAGCUGACGAUGCCAGAGACCUGUUAGAGUUUAGAGGGAACCGAAACAACACCAAGAAAAGUGAUGUUUUCUCUAAAAAUGGCAGAAAUGACAAAUGGAUCCCAGUUCAUCACAAGACGACAUCUGUCAUGCGAUUCAACAGAACCAGAUUCAGAAUCCCCUCGAGAUCCAAAGUGAUUUCAAAUUCUGCCAUUCACACUACAGUGGGUACUAAGGUAGUCACUGCGAAUUUGCCUUUGAAAUUAAACCUGACUGGAAGCUAUGGAGUUUUAAAACUGAUAUCCAAAGACAACCUUGUGCGGAUUGUGAAUUCCCAGCUUCAGAGUGUGCCAGGUCUCAAUAUUCCAGGCAGGAAAAGGAAAAGUCACAGCAGGAAAAGGGAUUUGAUCAACAUGGAUCACAGCCAGAUGGAGGCACUCAAAAUGAAAAAACAAGACAGGCCAGGUACUCUUGAACUUUACAACUCUGAUAACCAGACUGCAGAGCUAUAUUCAAGCUCUUUUACAAAUGACAGUCUAAAUCCAGAUCAGACUGUUCGCACACUUUGGAAACCAUUUAGUGGAUUCAAUGUGGAUGUUGUCGAGGGGGACAGAAAAAUGGACCGGGCACCAGGCACUGCUUCAUGGAAGUACAAACACUUCACGACUCACAUAGCAUCAACUCCCCAAAGUGAGGUCAUGCCCAGCACAGGGACGAAUCCCUUCACUGGUCAGAGUGACACCCCUACAUCGUUGCAUAUGGGCAUAUCACACCCACCUUCUCAAAUGGACUUGGGACAUAGAUCUGAUGUCACUUUCAGCUCAGUGACUGAAAGAACUCUUGAUGUUAAAGGGAAAUCAGAUCAGAACAUUCACAUGCCAGGACUGGAUUUCGGUAUCACUCAGAAUCCAUUGAUGAAAAUUUCAGAACCCAUGAACAGCAGUCAUAUCCUAAAACUUCCCCCAAAUCCAGAAUGGAGAGGAAAGGAAGCAGAGGGCAGUGAAGAGAUGACUGUGGACUCCCAUCCUGGAAGAGAUGGGCAGGGUCUUGUGUUUCAGGAAAUGGAUGAGGAUGAAGAUGAGGAGCAGAGCCAACAGAAAGGGGAAAUCUCUCGAUCUAGAAGAAGACGAAGCUGGAUCUGGAACCAGUUCUUUGUCAUUGAGGAAUACGCUGGGCCAGAACCAGUGCUAAUUGGAAGGCUUCACACUGACAUGGACAGAGGUGAUGGACGCACUAAGUACGUGCUGCGAGGUGAGGGGGCGGGGUCAGUUUUUGUGAUUGAUGAGAAGACAGGCAACAUCCAUGUUACCAAGCCCUUGGACAGGGAGGAGAAGGACGAAUAUCGGCUGAUUGCCACUGCAACAGAUAGUCAGACAGAGCGUGCCCUGGAGCCUUCCUCCCAGUUCAUCAUUAGAGUGCAAGAUAUCAACGACAACCCACCUGUGUUUGAGGAAGGGCCCUACAGUGCCACAGUACCUGAGAUGGCAAACAUAGGGACCUCUAUCAUCCAGGUGACAGCUUCAGAUGCUGAUGAUCCAACCUAUGGGAACAGCGCUCGACUAGUGUACACGCUGGUUCAGGGACAGCCGCACUUCUCUGUGGACCCUCAGACAGGUAUCCUACGUACCGCAGUUCCUGAUCUGGAUAGAGAAGCACAGAAUCAAUAUCUGGUGGUCCUACAAGCUAAAGACAUGGGCGGCCAUCUGGGCGGUCUGUCAGGAACAACAACAGUUACUGUACGAUUGACAGACGUCAAUGAUAACCCUCCACACUUCACACAAAGUUCCUGGCUGUUCUCUAUAUCGGAGUUGGCCGUGACAGGGGCGGAGGUGGGCCGGAUCUCAGCAACAGAUGCUGACUUGGGUGACAAUGCCAAGCUGGAAUAUACCAUCCUGGAUGGAGAGUCAGGGGACACCUUCAACAUUACUGUAGCGAACCAAGAGGCUGUGAUCAUUCUCAACAAGGCGGUGGACUAUGAGAGCCGGAGCUCUUACUCUUUCUCAGUGGAGGUUCUGAAUCCCACUGUGGACCCUCGCUUCCUGCGCCAUGGGCCCUUUAAAGACCGUGCCUCAAUCAGAGUGGUUGUGUUGGAUGCAGAUGAGCCCCCUCGCUUUUCACGAGCACGGUACCGAAUGGAUGUGUCAGAAAACUGCCCGCCGGCUUGCACAGUGGGACGGGUCAGUGCCGUGGACCCAGAUACGGGGCUCACAAACAACAUCAGGUUCUCCAUCGAUCCUCAGACGGACCCAGAGGCUCUGUUUCGCAUCACUCCAGACUCUGGGCUCAUCACUACUGUGGCUGAGCUGGACCGUGAGCACGAGCAGUGGCAUAAUGUCACCAUCAUUGCCACACAGAGAGAUAACCCUAGCCAGGUGUCCAGGGUUGUGGUUGCCAUAGAAACGCUGGAUUUAAAUGACAAUGCCCCAGAGCUGGACAGGCAGUACAAUACGGCCAUGUGUGACUCCGCCUCCACUGGACAGGUGGUGCAGGUGUUGCGGGCGAUUGAUAGAGAUGAGGGCGGAAAUGACAGCGCCGUCCAUUUUAACAUCCCUCCGGACUCCGUCGCUGCCCUCAACUUUAGCGUCAGGGAGAGUGGAGGCCCCACUGCUAGUUUGGUGCUGGCAUCACCUCUGCAGACCCUGUCUCGUUCUGCUUCAUCCUCCCUCACUCUUUACGUCCCUCUGGUCCUGAGGGACGGGACCUCAGGUUUGACCAGCACAGGAACGGUCACUGUAUCUGUGUGUCCCUGUCUGAAAGGGGGAGCCCGGGCUGGAGAGAAAGAGAAACAAAGUGAGGCAGAGUGGGACAGAGAGACGGUCUGUUUGCCCCAGCACUCUUCUCUGCCCUCACCUGGACUCAGCACUGCCGCCCUGCUGGCUAUUUUAGCCUGUGUGGCCACUCUGUUGGCUGUCAGUGCUUUGUCACUCUCCCUGCGCAGGCAGAAAAGGGACUCUCUCUCUCCAUUAGAGGAUGAUGAUGUAAGAGAAAACAUCAUCACAUAUGAUGAUGAAGGAGGGGGCGAGGCCGACACGGCCGCGUUUGACAUCACAGCACUGCAGAGUGCUCCUCACAAUACACGCAGGGGGUACCGCACACUGGACAGCAGGAACAUACGUUAUUCGCAACACAAUCAGGACAAGGCUCGUACAUAUAACAGCUGGGCUCAGGCUGGAGUGCUGGACCCCGGGCAGAACACAAGUCAAGGGGACCCUCUUUAUGGGAGGCUAUGCUACAGCAGCAACACCCUCCCAGUGCUACGUCGCUCACAGGGGCCUUACGAGCCUGGCUUAUCCGAGCUAGCUUACCGCUUUCCUGGGAGUCAACCGGAUCACUCACUUGUCAUUCAGAACAAGGCAGCCAUGGUGGGGCCUCUGGAGCCCGGGGCCAAAUAUGUGGGGCCAGCAGAGGCCGGUCACAGCUCUAAAGAAGGGACAAUAUCUCAAGACAGAGCAACCACAUCAGACGGAGGAACACCAAGCAAAAAUGACUCAAAGGAGGAUUCAAGAAAUGAUGCUCAGCAGAGUCAGAAUCACAGCCAGGAUCUGGACUGGGUCCAGUCGGAAACGGCCCCACGUGAACGAGAGUUGGUGUUGACCCGUUCCGGCUCGGUUGCUGGGUCGGGUCCCACUGGUGGGUGGGUGUGUGACACCGCCACACUUCCCAGAGCAGGGCGGCACUCUUCUCGGGACAGUCUUUCCCUGAACCGAAGCAGUACUGGCCCUGCAGAGUCCAACCACGCCGGGGUGGUGAAUAAUGUUAACGGCAGUGCGGAGGUCCAGAUGCAAUCUGUCAGCGGCAAUUAUGCCACUAUCCUGCAGGGGGAGCCGCAGAGAGACUACCCAGGGACUCUGGGUCGGGGAGGGUUGGAGAUGGGGAGUGGUUUUGUGGUGGGGAGGCCCGAGAGAGAGGGGAGCAUUCCGUUGAGUGGGAGUACCUGUGCUGGGAUGGGAUAUCCAGAGAGUGGAGGGUUCAUGGGAGACUGGCUUGAACGGGUGGGUUUAACAGGGUACCCACUAGGCAGGAGAGAUAUGACUCCCCAGCUGCUUCCAUACCCCGGGCAGGGCCGGGGGGCUUUUAGGGGCAUCCUGGGUUAUGGCGGAGCCUGGCCCUCAGUGCCUGACACAUCAGGAAGGGGGGGCCCCGUAGGAGGGGCACACUCCCUGGCCCUGAGGGUUGGUGAGUUCCUGCGUCUGCGCCUGGCACAGGUGACGUUUGACCCCUCGCAGCCUCCUUACGAUUCAGUGCAGGUGUACGGGCUUGAGGGCACUGGGUCACGUGCUGGGUCCCUUAGCUCCCUGGACAGCGAGGGAGGGAAGGAUUCCGAGAAGGAGGUGUGGGGAGCAGGGCUGGAAGAUUGGGGCCCACAGUUCCAGAAAUUAGCCCAGCUUUUUAGAGAGAGGGAGAAGGAGGGUGGAGAGAAGAAAGGAGAUGGGGAGACAAGCCUAAAGCACAAGGAUAGAGAAUGGGGGGAGAAGGAGGACCAGUCUGGAGACGAGGAGCAUGCGAAUGUCUGAGAAAGCGAGAGUGAAAGGGAGGGGUGGGACAAUGAUUAAAAGGCAACAGGAGUUAGGAUAAUGGAAAGUGAACGGUAAGGAGGGAGAGAUGAAGUGGAAAGGUAAUAAGGGAAGACAGGACAUGGAGAGAGAGGGAAGGCAAUGGAGAGAGUGAUUGAUGCAAUUUGAAGCAAUAAGCGCUGAUGUGUGAGCACAGAGACACUUAGAGCUGUGCUUCUUUAGCCAGCAUUUAACGUUCCUCAAGUGUGUUGGGAAGCGAGUGCAAGUUCACUCUUCUAGAUCAGGGGUUUUCAAACUAAAGCCACAGGACUGUUUUAAAGGUCUGCAGAAAGUUUGAAAGAAAAAAAUAAAAUGUAAAGGCCAAAGUAUACUUCGCACAUCCACGUUGUGGAUUGCUCUGCGCACAGUAUGCAUGACGUAAAUUUUGGCAUAAUCCAGUCUGUGCGGCCUCCAUCUGUGCGCAUCAUUGGCGCAUGCCCCAGCUUUUGACUCUACUAAAAGAUUAUCACAAAGAAGUAGUGGGCAUGUGUCAAACGCAUUCGAAUUUGCUCCCGGUCAGAAGAGUAUACUCACAAAUGCAACGUGGUCGACCAGGCGUGAGCCGAUCUGGAACACGCAAAAACGAAGUAUACCUGGGCCUUUAGACACAAACACCAAUUGUGCAUAUAGUUUUGUUAAAAAAAAUUUUUUAAUAAAAAAUGUUAUCUGUCCAAUGUAACAUGCAUUUGUUUCAGAAAAGAUGUUGCGAUUUUACAAAUACUAAAUUAAAUAUGCUUCUAGUUAUAAUGUUGGGUAGGAAAAAGUUACCCUGUUCAUUUAAUAAAAAAUUAAUAUUUUCAGAUAACAUUUUAAUCAUUUGAUUUGGUUUUAGUACAAUGAUACAAAAAAAGAAAAAGAAAAAAAAAAAAAAAAAAACAUUAUUUUGUUUUAGAAACAACAUUGUUUAUGUAAUAUUAUACUUAUCAUACAGUAAAAAUUUAAUUUCAUUUUAUCCAGCUUAUAGGUUAUUUUGAUUCACAGAUUCUACAAAAUGUGAAUUAUAUUGCAUUUACAUAAAAAAACAUUAGACCAACAGCAUUCCCCCAAAUUUUGUCCCAACUUGCAUAACAAAGUUGUCUGAAUGGACAAUCUCAUUCAUAUUGAACUAUUUCAAUUUCUGAUUUGCGAGUUCCCAGCAUGCAUCGCAACAUGAAUAAAUUAUGCGGUAAAUGUUAUACGCUUAUAUUUCACUGUUUGCUGACUUUAUUUAUGCUGCUAUUUUUGUUUUUUGUUGCCACUGUUAGUUAGUUGUUAUGUGGUGAUGUUAAGCAUUCAUCUUCUAACUUAAUGAGGUUUGUUGAUUGUCACCGUUAUUGAGGUUUGUGUGUUAAGGAUUGAGGUCUAUUGUGUGUCUAUGACAUACAGCUGUACAUAUUAUUUGUAUACCUUUCUUCAGAGACAAAAAAUUGCAGUUAACUUCAUAUAAAAGUAAUUUAUAACAUAUAGAAGGUUAAAAUGGUGACAAAAUUAAAGUUCUCUAUUGCGAAUUGAUAGUUGGCUGAACAAGAAAUUAGUAGUUCUCUCAACAUUAAUUUUUGCAUUUAGUAAACAAAAAAAUUCCAAUUGACUAAACAAACAAUGUUACUGAGGACAGUUAUUAAGACAGUUGUUGAGAACUCAGUAUCAUCCUGCAUCAUUUUACCUUGAUUUUUUUAGCUUUGCUCAGUUCCACAUUUUUGUGUGUGUGUGUGUGUGUGUGUGUGUGUGUGUGUGUGUGUGUGUGUUUGUUUUAGUUUUUUUAGUUUUACAGUGAAAUGAGUCUUCUUUUUAAAUGAAAAAAUACAGUUGCCAAUUUAGGAAGGAGGUCAUCAUAUGUGGGGGUCCUUGGCAAAAGUUUGAAAAUCUCUGUUCUAGAUCACAUUUAAUAAAGAGAGAGAGAAAAACAGAGAGAGAUUUGAACUUAUUAUUCUGUGGCAGUGUGCAAGACAAUGCCACCCCAUGGGAGUAAGACACAAGGGCGGAAUAACACAGAUGAGAUGUUAAGGAAUAUGCGAGGGGGGUAGGAAAUUAAAAUUGUUACAGAAAUUGUUUAUACAUUCACAAGAGCGCUGAAUUAUUCAGUCCAUUUCAUUCCAAAAGAAAGCACUGAAUAUUACAGUCGAGUCCUGAAUAAUUGUCCGCACAAAUAUUCUUGGCAUUUACACAUAUACAAACAUUUUCACGGACGAAAACACACAUCAAACCCUGUAUUUCAUACCCUGCUUGAAAAUUCUGCCUCUUCAAUGCGGAUGUCUCGUUGUCAGGGUUCAAGAUUCACACAUUUUGCCAAGAACAGAUUGUAUAUGAAGUUGCUCAAGAAAACACAAAUCACAAAAUAAAAAUGCUAAAAAUGUGCAACACAUACUGUAUACGAGGAGAGAUCUGACAAGCCACAAACUAACAGAUAUAGUAGUAAACUACCAUUACCUGUCGAAAAGCCCUUGAAUAAGGUGAAAUCCCACAAAUAAAUGUUCAAGUUCAAGACGAUCUAUAAAAGCUGACCGGCCUGCUUCAGCUACAGUGCACUUUUAUAUAUGAUGUUCAAAAAUAGAUUACAAAUGUUGUUGUUGUUUUUUUUUUGUUUUUGUUUUUUUGAGAAAAACAGAUGUUAUAUGUUUAAAUGUAAAUAUCACUGAAUGCCAUUGUGAAAAGUGACAACAGUACUGUGGUCUUUAACAAAAAAAAUUAAAAACAUUUUUUAAAAAAAUUAAAAGAUGGAAAAGAUUACCAGUAUACAAUGCCACAUUAAAAUACAGGACUGGAUGGAACUGGAUAUAACUGGAAGACAAUGGACUAGACUGGACAGACACCAGAUUAAACCCUGCCAUUUACAAUAUGUGGGAUUUAUAUACAUGAUAUAGACGUGUUGCUCUUCCCAAACUGGCCAUUUUUUAAUUGAAUUGAAUGCAAAGUCUAUGUGGAAACUAUGUGAAAAACUGUAAAACAUCCUUUUUCUAAUCCUCAUUCUGGGUGGAGCACACACUCUGCCUUGAUGUCCCGAUUAAUCACACUGUUUGUGGCCAUGUGAACUCUGAGUCACUGUGACUGGACUAAACCAGAACCACUUUAUCACUUCACAAUUAUGUGCACGGGUUGAGAGAGAAACAAUACCAGGGGGCUUCACAAGAUCCAAACCUAUACCUGCCGAUCAAACCAACAAAUGUCAUGCUCGAUCAAAGGCAUGCCCUUAAAUGAUUAAAUGAAAUGUUAUGUCAGUUUUAUUGUAUGGGAAGAAGUGUGACAAAUUACAGAAUUACAACUUGCAUCCCUGUUGAGGAUUUUUUUUUCAACAGAUUUUUGUGGGACGAUAAAAAGAAAAUGUACUCUGUCCCAUUUUCAUACAUUUUCAUAAUUUUUUUUUCUUUUUCUUUUUUUUGGUACAAUAGGUAAAAAUUUAACUGGGUUUGGAGUUACUAUAUUCAUCCUGGUUUCUGCCUUCUUUUCGGACUGUAUUUGUUCCAGCCCUAAGUGGGCCCUGUUGGUACUGAGAUCUCACAAUGGCGUGUACUAAAUAAAAUGUAUUUAUUAUGUUAUAUUUUUCCUUUUAUUUUUUGUAAAUUUGAAUAAAGACAGUAUGUUUUGAGGUGGUGUGUGUGCGACAUGAUGUGAAUGCUCUUUUUUUAAAGAAACUGCAGACUAAUUUGACCUUUGA